AUGCGUUACUCUUUCGUCGCCGCGGCCAUCGUCGGUGCUGUUGCUGCCAACCCCGUCGCUCAGUACGGCUACCCAGUGAACACACCUUCCAGCAGUGCUCCUUCAUACCCCGCCGAGACACCCAGCUCUUCCAAGCCUGUUGUCCCCUCCAGCUCUGCUCCCGCAUACCCUGAGUACCCUGUCGAGACUCCUUCGUCUUCUAAGCCCGUGGGCCCCUCAUCAUCCGCACCAGCCUCCUACCCAGCCUCGACACCCGCCUACUCGGCUUCUUCGAGCGCCCCUGCCUACUCAGGGUACUCCGUCGAGACACCCAGCUCUUCCAAGCCCGUGGCCCCCUCAUCCUCCGCACCAGCCUCCUACCCAGCCUCGACACCCGCCUACUCGGCUUCUUCGAGCGCCCCUGCCUACUCAGGGUACUCCGUCGAGACACCCAGCUCUUCCAAGCCCGUGGCCCCCUCAUCCUCCGCACCAGCCUCCUACCCAGCCUCGACACCCGCCUACUCGGCUUCUUCGAGCGCCCCUGCCUACUCAGGGUACUCCGUCGAGACACCCAGCUCUUCUAAGCCCGUGGUCCCCUCAUCCUCCGCACCAGCCUCCUACCCGGCCUCGACACCCGCCUACUCAGGGUACUCCGUCGAGACUCCCAGCUCUUCCAAGCCUGUGGCCCCCUCAUCCUCCGCACCAGCCUCCUACCCGGCCUCGACACCCGCCUACUCGGCUUCUUCAAGCGCCCCUGCCUACUCAGGGUACUCCGUCGAGACACCCAGCUCUUCUAAGCCUGUUGCCUCUUCCAGCUCUGCUCCCGCAUACCCCGCAAGCAGCUCAGUCCCGUACUACGGAAGCUCCUCUGCUGGCUACCCAGCUCACAGCUCCUCUGCUGGCUACCCUGUCCCUAGCUCUUCGGCUGGUUACCCCGUUCCCAGCUACCCGGCUGGCUACCCAGUCCACAGCUCCGCUACUGGCUAUGUUCCCAGCAGCCCUGUGCCUGAGUACCCUACCACCACCAAGGCGCUGACCACCUACACCACCACCACCGUCUGCCCCGUUACUCAAACCCACGGCACACAGGUCAUUACCACUCUGACCACCAGCACCGCUACCAUCACCUCCUGCAAGGGUGGAUGCAACGGCUACGAGACCACUGUUGUUCCCCCCAAGCCCACCAGCAGCAAGCCUGAGGACAAGACCACCGUUGUCACCACCUACGACUGGGUCCCUUGCUCCACAGAGGUCGGCCACAGCGGCUCGUCCACGAUCUACUCGACCUACCUGACCGCCAACUACAAGACCUACACCUCUACCAUCUAUGCUAGCCAGCCCCCCAAGGCUACUGAGACUGCUCCUGGCGUUCCUCAGUACACUCCCAUCGCCUCCAAGGACAACUACUCGCCCACUGUCGGUGUUCCUGAGAACACUCCUGUUCCGCCCAAGGACAGCCCAUCUGCUACCGCUGAUGUUCCUCAGUACACUCCUGGUGUGCCCACCAGCCCCAACACUGUCACUGUUGGCGUUGAUGUUCCCCACUACACUCCCGUUCCUGGUCAGGAGAACUGCCCUGCUCCUGUAACCGUCACCGAGACUGUCACUGUUCGUGUUGACGUUCCCACGUACACUCCCGUCCCCAGCGAAUACACCACCAAGGUCGUCACCGCCACCGAGGAGGGCAAGCCUGCGACUUACACUGUCACCGUCCCUGCUGGCCCUAAGUCUACCCCCUCCGGCCCCAAGCCCACCUCCAUCCCUGGUGGAUGCAACCCUGCUCAUCCCGGUAGCUGCCCUACCCCGUCUGCCUCCAAGGGCUACCCUGAGGGCCCCAAGCCUUCCGUCGGCUCCUCCAUCGCCUACUCAAGCUCAGUCCCUGCUCCCUACCCCACCACCGUCGCCAGCUCCUCGUCUGCUGGUUACGUAGCUUCCACCCCCGUCGCUUCUUCCAUCCCCGGCGGCUGCAACCCUGCCCACCCCGGUAGCUGCCCUACUCCUUCUUCCUCUUCUGCCGGCUACCCCGUUGCCAGCUCUUCCGCUAAGGCUUCCUCGUCUGCCCCUGCUUACGAGCCCUACCCGGUUGAGUCCUCUACCAAGGCCACCCCCGUCCCCACUGGUGGCUACGGCUCCGGCUACAGCUACUAA